AUGUCUCAAUCCGGUGCUUCCGUCUCGCAGGAGUGCAUAACGGCCUACAACGACCUCAAGCUGGCCAAGAAGUACAAGUACAUCAUCUACAAGCUGUCGGACGACAACAAGGAGAUCGUCGUCGAGGAGGCUUCCGCCGACAAGGACUGGGAGAACUUCCGCGAGAAGCUCAUCAACGCCACCUCCAAGGACAAGUCGGGCAAGGAGGGCAAGGGCCCCCGCUACGCCGUCUACGACUUUGAGUACAGCCUUGCUUCCGGCGAGGGUGAGCGAAACAAGAUCACCUUCCUCGCCUGGUCCCCUGAUGAUGCUGGCAUCAAGGUAAGCCAAAGCUGUUCUCUACUAUUCGGUGAAGCUUGGGGCCUAUACUCACUGGCUCUCCCUCCCACACAGGCCAAGAUGAUCUACGCCUCUUCCAAGGAGGCUCUCAAGCGAUCACUCAACGGCAUUGCCACCGAGCUGCAGGCCAACGACCCCGAUGACAUCGAGUACGACACGGUCCUGAAGACUGUCAGCAAGGGCCUGGCUUAA